AUGUCUGUUGUUACGAACAGCACAUCAAUGACAGCGAGAGGGCCACCGGCACCGCUUGCUGUCCAGGACCACCACAAUUUUAUAUCGACCACUUCUUACAAUAACAUCCACCAGCUUUAUACCAACAGCUUCAGUAUCACAACAACACUUAGCCUUCCUGGAAACCCGAAUCAAAGCUCAAGCUACGACUCCGACGAUGACUACUGCAUGGACAUCGACGGCUUCCUCACGAGGGGCACCUACCGCGACGAAGCCAGAGCAAGGUUAGCCCAAUUUCUAGACGAAAUGGACGAAGCGGCUGCCUUCUUGGCGUACCGAAGACUAUACCCUAUCCAUAGACCCGUGCGAACAGUCUUUGUUCCAGCACCGGUUUACGUUGUCCCAAGCGGCCCCCGGCGUGCUCUUCACAGCGCUCGAUUCAACGGCGGACGCGCUCAUGAUUCACGAGCUCCUAGAUCGAUCGCCUCUGGAAGCCACCACGAGGAUGAAAGGGAUGAGUCUAGGGCCGGCGGUGCUUCUGUUGCAAGCAGCGCGCGACCCCAUGGAACUAGAAGCAGUGCUAGUGGACAUGAAGGUGGCAACGAUCGCGCCACGACUGCAUCCAGAAACAGUGGCGCUUCUCGUUCCGCCGCAUCAACCGCACGGCCUCAUAGCUCCUCUGGGAGCAACGCUUGA